GGUUGUUCUCGCCAUGCAGCCCCGCUAUCCUGCGAUUCUUGCCUUGGGCAAUCAUCAGACUGCUUCAUCGAAACAACACAUGCACACCAAAUAUGGACAGUCCUUAUGCCAGAGACCUGCAAACCGCAGUCAAUGUCAUCCAGCAAGCAGCGAAGUUAAGCCAAUCAGUCAUUUCGGCAGAGGACAAAGGCGUUAUUGAGAAAGAUGACCUUAGUCCAGUCACGGUUGCAGACUUCGCCAUCCAAGCAUUGCUCACAGCUUCUAUACACAAUAUCUUUCCAGAUGACAAGUUUGUAGGCGAAGAGUCUGCUGCGGACUUGAGGCGGAACCCGGUGCUCCUUGGCCGAGUUUGGGGUCUACUCCAGCUCGUGAAGGACGCCGAAGCCAAUGGCCUUUGCAAGCUCCCCGGGAGUCCAGAACAAAUGUGUGAGAUGAUUGACUGGUGUGGUAUGGGAAAACCUGGCGGCGCCGACAGCGGGAGAGUGUGGAUUUUUGACCCGAUUGACGGAACUCAGACCUUUGUCAAGGGGCAAGCUUACGCUAUCAAUGUUGCAUUGCUUGAGGGAGGAAAACAACUUCUUAGUAUUGUGGGUUGCCCAACAAUACCUGUCGGUGCUGAAGCACCCAUUACCAAUGACACAAAAGAUCCCACGGGCCGUGGCUCUAUCGUUUUUGCUGCGAGAGGUUACGGCACGUACGUCCGUCCGCUCGUCGGUUCUUCAGCUGAAGUGCAAAUACGGAAGAUCGAACCCCAUGCUCAGAAUAUCACGGCCGCCGAAUUGCGCUCAGUAACCUGCUUUAACACACUAGUAUCGGGUGUCGAUAACGCACACCAAACCAUUGUCGAAAGGCUCGGGGUUGCGUUUCCCGGCUGUGACCUAUUGGGAUGGGUUCCGCGAUGGGUGACUCUGGCGUUAGGGGCCGCAAACAUGACCGUCUGGGUUUAUAAGCGACGAGAUCGGUAUGCAAAGAUUUGGGACCAUGCUGGGGCAAUGCUUCUCUUUGAGGAAGUGGGAGGCAAGGUCACCGACGUUAAUGGUAGAGACAUUGACCUGACUGUGGGAAGGAAGCUGACAUCCAAUCACGGAUUCGUUGCUGCACCCAAAGAUUUGCAUGCCAUGGUUCUCAUGACCGUGCACGAAGUUCUUCGGGAACAGGGCAAAGGUGAAUUGCUGGGUUCUGAUUGAAAGUGGGUUGCUUGACAUUCGGCUGUCGACGAGUGGUUGGAAGAGUUUAGUGACCAGAAGCAGCAAUGAUGUACAGAUCAAACGAUUCCAUAGAAGUGAUCAAACUUAAGAGGUCCAAUAACGCUACGAGACCUGAGCCGAUAAGUCGGUCAGAUACAGACCUAUGUAAACUUCAUGACCUUGCAUUGCAAGCUCCAUGAUGUUUGGCGGCCACAACGAUACUCAAAUUCUCCUAUCGGUAGGAUCAUUGUGAAAUCGAU